AGGGCGCGAACGUAGUGCUGCGUACGUAAAUUGUUUUUCUUUUCACACAUCGAAAAAGGACCGUGCAGUGGUGGAAAUCCUUGUUUUCGGUCGUUGGGUUCGGUUUUCCGAUGUAUUUCUUGAUUUUUCUGGCUAGAUGAAGCUAAAUAUGGAAAACCAGAAUCGACGAUGGACCGUGCAAUGGUUGUUGGGGUUAGUGACCCUCGUGCUGGUGGUUGGGCAAUGUUCGGCGUUCUACGUUCCCGGCGUAGCCCCGGUAGAGUUUAAAAAGGGCCAAAAAAUUGAUGUGAAAGCCGUCAAAAUGACCAGCACCCACACGCAGCUGCCGUACGAGUAUUACUCAUUGCAGCUAUGCUUGCCAAAGAACGGCACGUUUGUGUACAAGAGUGAAAAUCUCGGCGAAGUGCUUCGUGGUGAUCGGAUCGUCAAUACACCGUACGAAGUGCGGAUGGCGGAAAACGUCCAAUGCAAGCUGCUAUGCAAUGCCAAGGAUCGGCCUAUGAACUGGGACCACGAGCAAUCGGCCAAGGUGGCUGAACGUAUUCGCCAUGAAUACUUUGUCCAUUUGAUCAUUGAUAAUCUUCCAGUGGCCACAAAGUUCGUGAAUCCAGAUACGAUGGAACUGCAGUUUGAACAUGGAUACCGUCUAGGGCAAACCAAUGGGCCAAACGUGUUUAUCAACAAUCAUUUAAGAUUCCGAUUGUUUUAUCAUCUUCACAGCGAAAAUCAGUAUCGCGUGGUUGGCUUCGAGGUGGAAACGCUUUCGAUCAGUAAAAAUUCACUCUCUUUCGAUGGUGAUACUUGCAUUUUCCCGGACAAUCCCAAACCACAAGCGGUAACACCGAACGGUAGGACGGAGCUAUACUUCACCUACUCAGUAGUUUGGCAAGAAUCUUCCGUAAAGUGGGCUUCCCGAUGGGAUAUAUAUCUUGGCAUGAACGACGUGCAAAUUCACUGGUUCAGCAUCAUCAACUCGCUCGUUGUGGUAUUUUUCCUGUCAGGAAUACUGACGAUGAUUAUGGUACGUACACUACGUAGAGAUAUUGCCAAAUACAACACCGAUGAUAGCAUUAGCAUCGAGGAUACAUUAGAAGAAACCGGAUGGAAGCUGGUCCAUGGAGACGUGUUUCGCCCGCCCCGAUAUCCAAGGCUUUUUGCGGCUGUUAUUGGCAGCGGAAUACAGAUAUUUUUCAUGGCACUCAUCACCAUCUUUAUUGCAAUGCUUGGCAUGCUGUCACCCUCUUCGCGAGGGGCGCUAAUGACGGCUGGCAUCAUGCUGUACGUGUUUAUGGGUCUAAUUGCUGGCUACUUUUCGGCUCGGCUGUACAAAACGAUGAAAGGACGCAACUGGGAACGAGCGGCCUUCCUCACGGCCACUUUUUACCCGGGUUUGGUCUUUGGUACCUGUUUCUUUUUGAACUUUUUCAUCUGGGAUAAAGACUCGAGUGGUGCCGUUCCGUUCGGCACGAUGGUUGCGCUGUUGCUGCUGUGGUUCGGCAUUUCGUUACCGUUGGUGUAUUUGGGCUACUAUUUCGGCUACCGCAAACAAGCCUAUCAGCACCCGGUGCGUACGAACAUGAUUCCCCGUCAGAUACCCCAUCAACAUUGGUACAUGAACGUUGGUCUGUGUAUUUUGAUGGCCGGCAUACUACCGUUCGGAGCCGUGUUUAUCGAGCUGUUCUUCAUAUUCUCGGCAAUCUGGCAGAAUCAGUUCUACUAUCUGUUUGGGUUCUUGUUUCUGGUGUUUUGCAUACUGGUCGUGAGUUGUUCGCAAAUAUCAAUAGUAAUGACGUACUUCCAGUUAUGCGCCGAGGAUUACCGAUGGUGGUGGAGAAGUUUUAUCGUUUCCGGAGGAUCUGCCGUGUACAUACUGUUCUAUAGUAUAUUUUAUUUCUUCACAAAACUCGAAAUAACGGAAUUCAUACCAACGCUACUGUAUUUGGGAUACACAGGUCUCAUGGUUGUAACAUUUUACAUCCUCACUGGUACGAUAGGAUUUUUCGCAGCGUACAGCUUUAUCAGAAAAAUUUAUGGAGCUGUAAAAAUUGAUUAAACCAACAUUAAGGUCACAGUUUUCGUUUCAACAUUUUAAAAUUUUAAAUCAGUUGCUACCCAUAACUUUCACUUUUAACGUAAUGAAAUUCAGAAAAUACGAUGCCACUACUGACUUUUGUAGCCCUCAACGCCGGAAAUCUUUUUUUGUGAUAGUACAUCGAACAUACCGGAUGCAGUUCAAUUUUUAGCGCGUAAGAUCAACUCGAACGGAGAAGCACUUAACGUAUUGGAAACGAAUGGAUUAAACGACAAGACUCUUCUCGAGUAAAGGAUAAACGUUUCAUGUACGUUGAGCAGCUGCAACUGUCAUAGACCAAAAUCCAAACGAAAUGAAUGGUGAGUGUAGUGUUUCGAUACAAGUAAUGUUAUACAUAUUUGCUAUGCGUCAUCCAUGUACGGCCAUUGUUGCUGGACAAACUCAGUUCAGUUAUAACGCUCUGGGCAGACAGACAGACAGAAAGACAGAUGCGCCCAGACAAUCGGUUAUCAGUUUGCUGAAAUAAUGAUAAACUAUCAUUUACAUCUACAUGAAAUUACGUCAAGACUCUGCAAUUUUAGUUAGUUGUAUGAUAUGCUAAGACUAAAUGUAACUAAACGAUGAAAUAGAUAAAUAAAUCACAGUCUUGAAUGAGUA